AUGCAAGUGUGUCUGGAAGACUCGUCAGCGUACUGGAAAGGGCUGUGGCACGGCCUGCUACUGGUGUUUCCUGUGCUUUGUUUUUUAUACCGGAAAUGGUCGAUUGCAGCAGGAAGAUCAGAGGUGCAGCAGCCAGUUCUCGGGCGGUUCAUGAACGAGUUGUUUGCAUUCGAGGUCGUCCUCGUUGCUGGCGCUGAACUGAAGGCCGUGCGUGACCAGCUCCAAAGCGCUGAAGAAGCGGCAUCGGUGAAUGACGAAAAGGUGCAUGCACUGAAGGAGCGCCUCGUGGACACUGCUGCUGUGCUCCAGAAGAAGCUGGCGACGAUCACGCCGGUAGUGUCGUUUUUGUUGGAGCAAAGUGUUGGCGUUAUGAAGACCCACCACGCUCAAGACUUGACAAAGGACAACGAGUCCAAGAAGGACAAAUGA